AUGAGUUCUUCGGGUUCUUCUGUCGGCGAGCGAUCUCAUAGCUCGACUCAAAGUUGUCCGAAGUGUUCAUCGGGUCCAUACUGUAUUAAAUGUGGCUUUCAUGGAUAUGAGAAUUUCUAUGAAACGGCAUCCUCAUAUGAAAGCAGAAUAUCCCAUCACUCACAUCACUCGAAGGCUCCAUAUUUUCGUGUUCCGCAAUGUCGACCGCCGUCUCAAUGCCCAUUUCACUCUUGUGAUGUCCAGCAAACAACCUGGCCACAAUUUCGCCGAUCGGAGAAGACCUUCUUGAUCAUAUUUUCAACGACUUUCCUUAUUGAGAACAUUGUGCAAUGGAGCUUCUACAACUUGCCUGAACUUGGAAGACCACUUGAAGAACAAUUCUCAAAAGAUCCCCUUGAGUUAAUCCACACUUUCUUUGGCACCAUCAUUCUCAUCACUUAUCUCUUCUUCUGGAUGUUCGGUGUCUACUCAAUUUUGCUGAAAAUACGGCGAUUGCUCUUUGUGUUCAUAGCGUAUUUGGUGGGU